AUGGCGUUGAGAACUCUGGCAGCUGUGCUGCUGGGCGGUUCUGCCAAGGAGAUCAAGGUGAUCAAUCAGUGCCAGGAGACGCUGUGGCUGGGCGCUCGGAACCUUCCGCUCGAGGAAGGCCAGGUGGAGAUGAAGCCCAAUGCCCAGGUGAGCAUCGAGGUGGAGAGCCUGGACUCGGGGAGCCUCUGGGCGCGCACCGGGUGCUCGGAGCAGCGGGUCUUCGAAGACUGCUACAAGGGGCUCUCGCUGAACCCGCCCUGUGCUGCGGGGAGCCACUUCUACUGCCGCGACGGAACCCACGGCGUACAAGGUCUCACGGGUGAGUGCCAGGCGACCACAGAGGGUCCCUUCGAUGCAGAGCUGUGCUUCGACCAGUGUGUCAUCACCAAGGAGGAGGUGCCGGACAAGGACCCCAAGCCGGUGAGGACGCCGGAAGGGCACUUGUCGGUGGGCACGAAGUUCCACUGCGCCACCGGGGAUUGCGCCAAGCCGCGCGGCGCGGAUGCGGGCUCCAAGUUCCUCUGCGGCGCGGAGGAGGAGUUGCGCUCAGCCGCCACCCUGGUGAAGUUCUCCUUCCAGCCUGGGGAGGAGGACAUCUACGACCUGUCUCUGGUGGAAGGCUUCAACGUGAACGUGUCGCUGGCGCCCUCGGCCAAGGCCUGCCGUGCGGCCAGCUGCAGCUUGGACCCCUGGACGCAGUGCCAGACGGAGCUCAUGGACUUCAGCCACGAGACCCAGCGCCCGUUUUGCUGGUCCAUCAAGUCAGCGUUGACUUCUAGCAGCGUGCGACACAAGUACUCCUUCAUGGAGAAGUGGACCGACCCCAAGGUGAGCGAGCAUGCGGGCCUGUGCAAGGCGGCAGACGGCUCGGAGCACUACUGCCACGACGUGCUCACCUGCAGCGAUGGCUGCGAUCGCUGCCGGAGCCAGGUGCACAUGGACAGCAGCGGCGGCUUGUGCUGCUCGCCCAACACCACCUACACGGAAGCGGAGUGGCCCGCAGGGCCGCCGUAUGCGCACAUGUGCAACGUGACGAGCUGGCCAAAGUCGCCUCUGGACAAGGCCUCCUACGUGGAGAACUUCCGCCGGGCGUGCCCCGAGGCCUCGGCGUGGCCCUUGGACCGGGGCCUUCUCUGCGCCCGCGGCAACGAGGCGGACUAUGAGGUGGUCUUCUGCCCCGAGGUGAAGACAGCUGCGCUCUUUCCCUAG